AUGGUAAGCAACGGAUGUGUCAAAGACAGUAUACGGCGAUGUGAACAUCAACAUACACAUUUGAACAUGUCAGCUAACAAUACAGUGCUGUUGUCGCUUACAACCGAAAUGAUACCUGUUCUAUUUAUCAGUUGGGAGCUUUAUGACCUCAUAAGUCGCAUAUGUUAUCACGUACUCUAUCCUUGCAUCGGCGUGAUUGGGAUAUUGGGGAAUAACAUCAACAUUGUCAUUCUGACUCGACAGGGAUUCCGGAAAUUGUUCAAUAUCAUUCUCUUGUCUUUGGCUGUCUCCGAUUGUCUGUUCUUGUUUGGCAUCAACAAUGGCCCAAUUCAAGUGUACGCCGAACAUCAGGGGUACAUGUUCUCUGAAACUCUUAAUUCCAUCUGUUUUGUAUUGUUCAUGAUUUGUUCCUGUGCUAACGAUAUAGGAUCAUUCUCAUCUGUGAUCAUUCCUGUUCUAAUAACAGGUGAACGUAUAUUAGCCAUAUGUUAUCCGUUCAAAGCGUAUGCGAUCUUAACACCCCGGUGUACAGUCAUUGUCCUGUCUUGUCUCUAUGUUAUAGUUGGAAUCUGUUGUCUGUAUGAAGUGCUGCUAAGUUAUCAACUAACGUAUUUUGUGAUAGAUGGUAUCGUUGUGGGGGAAAUGGUCAUUACUGAUAUGCGGGUAGCCCAUGAGAGAAGCGGAGUGAAACAGCUGGUUGACCAAAUAGGGAAUUAUCUUACAGGUGUCAUCCCAAUCAGUCUGGUCACCACGGGCUGUAUUGUAAUUGGACUCAGGAUCGUACAGAUCACCAACAGACGCCGACAGAUGAGCCCUAGUCAAGUCACAUCCAGUACUAAGCAUGGCAUCACCAAGACAACAAAAACUUUACUGAAGAUCUGUCUGCUGUACAUUGUCUGUUAUGGUUCUACUUUUAUUGCUUCAUUCAUUUUGCAGAGUAAACUGUUAGAGCAACAAAUACCUACAGAGUCGAUAAUUCAACGCUUUCAGAACGUGGUCCUUAGUCUAAACUGCGUUGGCAAUUUUCUGAUUUACUUGAAGGGACGCCACAAUAUCAGAAAGACAAGCAUUAAAGUGAGAAAAAAGAAAAAAGUGACAGACAAAUGA